AUGUCUGCCAUUCACCUUUCAAGAUACAUCCAGUCUUCGAUAUGUCGCAGAAAUCUGCUUUUUCAAUCUCAAGUCGGCUCACGGCGGUGGUUGUACGACACAGUUCAACCACCACUCGACGCACCAACAUCCUCAACAGCGCAAAAGAAACCGAAGAAGAGAGGCAGUCGGGCGAUAGAAGCAUAUACUCUGGCCGACAUGCCGCUCAAGCGCAGCGAAAAAGCGCAAUUAGGCGUGAUCAGGAAAAAAGGCAGACCAGCUGUCCCUAAACCCACUGUGCCAAAGCGAAAGACAGUGCAGGCCGCAGAACGGGUUGACGAGGGGCCUCCUGGCUUGCACCUGCCUCCCCCGGAAACUUGGAAAUCCGUCUUCAAGCACGUUCGCGAUACAUCAGGUCGUGUAAGCAUACGGAAUCCAGAAACUGCCGCAAUGUUGGCGGAGCUGUUGGUGCCCGAAGGUUCAAGGGAUAAAAUCAUUAUUGACGCAAAUCCUGGACCUGGGCAAUUGACACGAGCCUUACUGGCGCUUCCGAAGGAGAGAAUCAAGAAAAUAAUCGUGUUGGAAAAUACUGAAUCUUACCUGGAAUAUUUGAGGCCCCUGGAAGAGGACUCUCGUGUCUCAGUUUUCCCUUGGUCAGCCAGAGAGUGGGAUUCUUACCGAAAACUCGAAGAGUCGGGAAUGCUUACAGACGUGCCGGUCGUUUCUGGACAUGAACCCCACCCAACAUUAUUUUUCGUUAUGCAUAUCACGGGUAAGACAGACGGCGAACAAAUGGUCAAUCAAAUACUGCGUGCGAUGCCUGAUGGGCAGUGGCUUUUCAAAUAUGGACGAGUGCCUGUUCAUUUCAUCCUGCCAUUGCACAUAAGCGAUAGGAUCAUGGCUUCUGAAAAUUCAGUCACGAGAGGGAAGGUUGCUGUUAUGGCUCAAGCAGCUGCUGACAUAUCGCAUUGGGGACCACCGGAGUGUCUGCAGCCAUACGAAGAUAACUUCCACCCGGUGUCGACACGCAAAGGCAAUAAGCCUUCCAAACAUAUUGAUCUCCGCGGGAUGCCCCCGGAAUACGCAUCCCUUUCUUGUAUCCCAAAGGAGCACCCUAUAAUUCAACCGAAUGAUCUUGACUUUUGGGAUUACUGCCUUCGAAAGCUUUUCGUUCAGAAAGCCACCCCGUUGAGCAAAUGCAUAAACUCCCUUGGCCCUGGUGCCUCCAAUCUGUUGCCGAAGCUGGAUGAUCCUUCACUCCCUUCGGAGAGCAUUAUUAACCUAGAUUCAAGGCCACGAGAAUUCACUAUUGCUCAAUGGGCCCAUUUGGUUUCAGUCUUCAAGGAUUGGCCAUUUAGACCUGAGGACCUAUCCAUCGAUACCUUCUUCCUGUUGAACAAGGACCACGCUCGGCGAUGA